AUGAAAACAAUCAAAAAUUUAUAUCAGGGAGCAUUUUUAACGGAAAUUUGUAUUUAUCAAAUUCUCUGAUAUUUCCAGGAAAUUCUUCAAAAAUUCCAAACUCUCCAAUUACUCGCAUUAAUAUCUGAAUUGCAGAUGGGACUACUAAUCCAGGCUCCUCUCCUGACUACAUCGCUACCACUGUUACAGAUGGUGAAUUUUAUGCCAUAA